AGGUGGAUGCCGCAGGCCGCCAGCUGCAGACAGUGCCACGUGCGUGGACCUGCAGCUCGUGACCUGCAGCGAUGCCGCCUACAACCAGACCACCUUCCCCACCCUGCUGGAGCACCGCACCCGGGCAGCGGUGGAGGCCAGCUCCGAGUACAUCCUGCUGAGCGUCCUGCACCACCUCCUGGAGGGCCAGUGCAACCCCGACCUGCGGCUGCUGGGCUGUGCCGUGCUGGCCCCCCGGUGCGCGGGCGGCCGGGUGCGCAGGCCCUGCCGGCACGUGUGUGAGGGGCUGCGGGAGGCCUGCCAGCCCGCCUUCGACGCCAUCGACAUGGCCUGGCCCUAUUUCCUGGACUGCAGCCGCUACUUCGCGCGCCAGGAGGAGGGCUGCUACGACCCACUGGUGGAGCUUCGAGGAGGCCUGGACGUCGAGGAGGCACCGCCCUCGGGGCUGCCGCCGACCUUCAUCCGCUUCAGCCACCACUCGUACGCCCAGAUGGUGCGCGUGCUGAAGCGCACGGCGGCCCGCUGCGCCCACAUCGCCAAGACCUACAGCAUCGGGCGCAGCUUCGAAGGCAGGGAGCUGCUGGUCAUCGAGUUCUCGGGCCACCCUGGCCAGCACGAGCUGAUGGAGCCUGAGGUGAAGCUCAUCGGCAACAUCCACGGCAACGAGGUGGCGGGACGGGAGAUACUCAUCUACCUGGCCCAGUACCUGUGCUCCGAGUACCUGCUGGGUGAUCCCCGCAUCCAGCGCCUGCUCAACACCACCCGCCUCCACCUGCUGCCCUCCAUGAACCCUGAUGGCUACGAGGUGGCGGCCGCUGAGGGUGCUGGCUACAACGGGUGGACUAGCGGGAGGCAGAACGCGCAGAACCUGGACCUGAACCGCAAUUUCCCCGACCUGACAUCUGAGUACUACCGCCUGGCCUCGUCCCGCGGCGCGCGCGGCGACCACCUGGCCAUCCCACAGCACUACUGGUGGGGUAAGGUGGCCCCCGAGACGAAGGCAAUAAUGAAGUGGAUGCGGACCACCCCCUUUGUGCUCUCUGCCAGCCUCCACGGGGGCGACCUCGUGGUGUCCUACCCCUUCGACUUCUCCAAGCACCCCCAGGAGGAGAAGAUGUUUUCUCCCACGCCCGAUGAGAAGAUGUUCAAGUUGCUGGCCAGAGCCUAUGCCGACGUCCACCCCAUGAUGAUGGACAGGUCGGAGAACAGGUGUGGGGGCAACUUCCUGAAGAGGGGCAGCGUCAUCAACGGGGCCGACUGGUACAGCUUCACGGGAGGCAUGUCCGACUUCAACUACCUGCACAGCAACUGCUUUGAGAUCACGGUGGAGCUGGGCUGCGUGAAGUUCCCCCCCGAGGAGGCCCUCUACACCAUCUGGCAGCACAACAAGGAGCCGCUCCUGAACUUCGUGGAGAUGGUGCACCGGGGCAUCAAGGGCGUGGUGAUGGACAAGUUUGGCAAGCCCGUCAAGAACGCCCGGAUUGUGGUCAAGGGCAUCCGCCACGACAUCACCACGGCCCCAGAUGGCGACUAUUGGAGACUGCUGCCCCCAGGGUCCCACAUCGUCAUUGCUCAAGCCCCCGGCUACUCCAAGGUCAUCAAGAAAGUCACCAUCCCUGCCCGGUUGAAGAGGGCCGGCCGUGUGGACUUCAUUCUCCAGCCUUUGGGGACCGGACCCAAGACCUUCCUUCUUGGGCCGCGGAGAAGCGGGCCCGGGCUCCGAGACCCACCGGGAGGUGCCGGCCCACACAGGGAGCCCGAGGAGCCCGGCCAGGAGCCCCUCGGGGCGCGGAGACAGCCCACGGCCAGCGGGAGCAAGCCCUGGUGGUGGUCCUACUUCACGUCGCUGAGCCAGCACAAGCCACGCUGGCUGCUGAAGUACUAGCGCCCCCGCCUGCGCCCGCCCGGACGCGGAGGCCCAGCCCCCGGAAGGGGCUCCGGCUCUUGAUCUCGUCUUCCACCGACACCCCACAAAGCCGUUUCUGUUUUAUUAAAGUGUUUUUAUUCAUC